AAGAGUUAGCCCCUCCACCUUCCCUUCUCUCCGUCUUUCACCAAGAAGCAUGGCAGAAGGGCUAGUCAUGGAAUCUCAUUAUAAGGUAUCCUCACUGAAAGGGAAGGUGGCACUCAUCACAGGUGCCAGCUCAGGACUAGGAGCUGCAGUGGCUGUUCUGUUUGCUAAAUUAGGAGCAAAACUGGCACUUAAUGGGCGAAACGAGGUGAAACUCAGGGAAACAGCACAGCAGUGUGAAGAGUUUCUGAAGGAAAAGCCGUUCCUAGUACCUGGUGACUUAGCAAGUGAAGAUGUGAUCAAGAAAGUCCUAGAGGAGACUCUUGCACAUUACGGUCAGCUGGAUGUACUGGUAAACAGUGCUGGAAUACUUGAAAUGGGAACAAUCGAGAACACCACUCUGGAGCAGUUUGAUAAAGUUAUGAACAUUAAUGUCAGAUCUCUGUACUACCUCACUCACCUAGCAGUGCCUCACCUGAUCAAAACCAAAGGCUGCAUCGUAAACAUCUCUAGUGUUACUGGACAAAGAUCUUUCCCUAAUGUUCUGCCAUAUUGUAUGUCAAAAGCAGCGGUAGAUCACUUCACAAGGUGUGUCGCUCUAGAACUUGCUGCCAAACAAGUAAGAGUUAAUGCUGUCUGCCCGGGUGUGAUCGUUACAGAAGUUCAUAAGCGAGCUGGUCUGACUGAAGAGCAGUAUGCCCAGUUUCUUGAACACUGCAAGGAGACACAUGCACUGGGAAGGCCAGGUGUUCCAGAUGAAGUGGCUCAAACAGUAGCCUUUCUGGCUUCAGAUGCAGCAUCUUUUAUCACUGGAGUUACCCUUCCUGUAGAUGGUGGACGUCAUGCAAUGUGUCCCAGAUGAAUCUCAUUGUUGGAAAAGUACCAGAUCUGCAGCAUGAAUUUUUCAGUUUUAUGACUGUUUAUUGUUGCACUGAUCAAUGAAUGAAAAGCUGCUAAAAUAAAUAAACUAAAUAAAUGUAAAUCCAUUCAU